AUGUUGGCGAUAUUCCAACGCAUCUUAGACUGGAUCCGUAACCUUUUUUGGAAAGAAGAAAUGGAAAUAACACUGGUUGGGCUUCAAUACUCAGGGAAAACCACAUUCGUCAAUGUCAUUGCGACAGGGCAGUACUGUGAGGAUAUGAUACCCACGGUAGGAUUUAACAUGAAGAAGAUUACGAAAGGGAGGGUCUCAAUCAAGAUUUGGGAUAUUGGGGGUCAACCUCGAUUUCGCAGCAUGUGGGAGCGUUAUUGCCGAGGUGUGAGCGCUGUACUGUUCAUGGUUGAUGCAGCUGAUCGAGACAAGUUGGAAGCAGCGAGGAAUGAACUUCAUGCCUUGUUAGAAAAAUCACAACUAGCAGGGAUUCCCGUUUUGGUACUCGGAAACAAGCGCGAUCUACCCGGGGCGCUGACGGAAGUUGAACUUAUUGAGACUUUAAGCCUAAGAACGAUCCCCAACCGUGAAAUUUGCUGUUACUCUAUUUCCUGCAAGGAGCAGGACAACAUAGGUUCGUGA